AUGGAGAAGAAUAGCUGUAUCAAAGUGGGAGCAUGGGGAGGCAGUGGUGGAAAAAGAUGGAAUGAUGGGACUUAUGGAGGGGUGAGAGAAAUCAAACUCGUGUAUGCUAAAUGUAUAGACUCCAUUUUUGUGAUUUAUGAUCAACAAAACCAGCCAUUCAAAAGAAAAAAACAUGGAGCACAUGGUGGCGUUUAUACUGCUCAGAUUAAGCUGCAUUAUCCAGAUGAGUUCCCUUUUGGUGUGUCUGGGCAUUAUGGUUUGUGGCGUAGUUAUGUAUGUAUUCGGUCAUUGACAUUCAAUAGCAACCGCAGAACCUUUGGACCUUAUGGAGUUGAAGAAGGGAAGAGAUUCACCUUUUCAUCAUAUCCAUUUUAUGAAAUUGUGGGCUUCCAUGGAAGUAGUGGUGAAUUUUUGGAUUCUAUUGGGCUACACUUGUCUCAAGCAAAACGCAGGACCUUUGCUUACAAAACCAAGGACCUUGCUUCCAAAGGUGCAUAA